UAACAUAUUAUAUAAGGCAAGGUGUAGCCCCCUGAAUCUUCAUCCAAAAGCUAAAAAUGGCAAGUUUGUGCAAUAGUAGUAGUACAACUCUCAAAACUCCUUUUACUUCCUCCACUUCUUUAGGUUCCACUCCAAAGCCCUCCCAACUUUUCCUCCAUGGAAAACGUAACCAAACUUUCAAAGUCUCAUGCAAAGUUUCCAAUAAUAACGGUGACCAAAAUGUUGAAACAAAUUCUGUUGAUAGGAGAAAUGUGCUUCUUGGUUUAGGAGGUCUCUAUGGUGUUGCUAAUGCUAUACCAUUAGCUGCAUCAGCUGCUCCUACACCACCUCCUGAUCUCUCAUCUUGUAGUAAAGCCAAGAUUAGUGCAACUGAGGAGGUAUCAUACAGUUGUUGCGCUCCCAGGCCUGAUGAUUUGAACAAAGUUCCGUAUUACAAGUUCCCUUCUAUGACUAAGCUCCGUAUCCGUCCACCUGCUCAUGCUGCUGAUGAGGAAUAUAUUGCCAAGUACAAUUUGGCUAUUAGCAGAAUGAAAGAUCUUGAUAAGACACAACCUUCAAAUCCUAUUGGAUUCAAGCAACAAGCCAAUAUACAUUGUGCUUAUUGUAACGGAGCUUAUGUAAUUGAUGGCAAAGUGUUACAAGUUCAUAACUCGUGGCUUUUCUUCCCGUUCCAUAGAUGGUACUUGUACUUCUAUGAGAGAAUCUUGGGAUCUCUCAUCGAUGAUCCAACUUUCGGUUUGCCAUAUUGGAAUUGGGACCACCCAAAGGGCAUGCGUUUUCCUCCCAUGUUCGAUCGUGAAGGGACUUCCCUUUACGACGAAAGGCGUAGUCAGCAAAUCCGUAAUGGAACCGUAAUAGAUCUUGGUUCUUUUGGGGACCAAGUUCAAACAACUCAACUCCAGUUGAUGAGUAAUAACUUAACUCUAAUGUACCGUCAAUUGGUAACUAAUGCUCCAUGUCCUCUUUUGUUCUUUGGUGGACCUUAUGUUCUUGGGAAUAACGUCGAAGCGGCUGGAACCGUUGAAACCAUCCCUCACAGUCCUGUCCACAUUUGGACUGGCACAAAGCGAGGUUCCAUCUUGCCUAAUGGUGAAACAUCACACGGUGAGGACAUGGGUCAUUUCUACUCAGCUGGUUUGGAUCCUGUUUUCUAUUGCCACCACAGCAAUGUGGACCGGAUGUGGAACGAAUGGAAGGCAAUUGGAGGGAAAAGAAGGGAUAUCUCACAGAAAGAUUGGUUGAACUCGGAGUUCUUUUUCUAUGAUGAAAAUGGAAACCCAUUCCGUGUGAAAGUCCGAGACUCUUUGGACACGAAGAAGAUGGGGUACGAUUACGCACCAAUGCCCACCCCAUGGCGUAACUUCAAGCCAAAAACAAAGGCCACAGAUGGGAAAGUGAAUACAAGUUCACUUUCACCAGCCAGCAAGGUAUUCCCACUGGCUAAGCUAGACAAAGCCAUUUCGUUUUCCAUAAAUAGGCCGACUUCGUCAAGGACUCAACAGGAGAAAAAUGAACAAGAGGAGAUGCUAAAGUUCAACGAGAUAAAAUAUGAUAAUAGAGAGUAUAUAAGGUUCGACGUGUUCCUGAAUGUUGAUAAAAAUGUGAAUGCAGAUGAGCUUGACAAGGCAGAGUUUGCGGGAAGCUAUACUAGCUUGCCACAUGUUCACAGAGCUGGCGAUACUAAUCAUGUCGCGACUGCUACUCUCCGGCUGGCAAUCACUGAACUGCUUGAGGACAUUGGCCUGGAAGAUGAAGACACUAUCGCGGUGACUCUGGUACCAAAGAAAGGUGGAGAAGGUAUCUCCAUUGGAGGUGCUGAGAUCAGUCUUGUGGAUUGUUAAUUAGUCUUUUUUGAAUCUGCUGAGAUUAUGCUUGAAGCUUAUUGAUGGAUGAUGCUCUGUUCCUACUUUGUUAUUCUGUUUUCUGUUUGUUUUUUCAUGUUGAAAUCAGCUUGAAACUUGAUUUUCUUGCAGCUGUUAUUCACGAAUAAAUCAAUAGUAACUGUUUCUAUCUUAU